CUCGGUGCUCUCCGGGUCCGGCUCGGCCCUCCCUGCAGCCUCGGCCCCGGCCCUCGGAGCCGCGCAUGGACUUUCUGCCGCUCCUGCUGCUUUACCUGUGCCUCGUGCUCGCCGUUGCCGUGCUGUACUGCAGCCACGCGGGCAGCGGGGGCGGCCGCCUGGGCAGGGCAGCCCGCAGCGCCGGCCAGGUACUGUCAUUAGUAAUCCCCACUCGGCUCCAGAGUGUGACACAGAAGGUGCUCCUCAGGCUCUUUCACACACGAAACUAUCUGUUUGUUGUCCUGCACAUAGCCUUGCAAGCAGCAGUUUAUGCUGAAUACACAUGGGAAGUGUUUGUUUACUGCUGGGAACUGGAGUUCCACCUUGUGCUGCUGCUGCUGCCCUACCUGCUGCUGCUUGGGAACAUGGGCUGCUUCAUUCUGUGCUCCUGUGCCAAUCCUGGUAUAAUAACAAAAUCAAAUCAUGCAUCACUGAUGAAGACUUAUGCGUAUGAUGGUGUAUUAUUUCAGAAAGGCAUUGUGUGUGCUACAUGCAACGUGGAAAAGCCAGCCAGAUCAAAACAUUGCAGUUUCUGUAAUACCUGUGUGCACCGUUUUGAUCACCACUGUGUAUGGGUCAACAACUGCAUCGGUGCCUUCAAUGCAAAGUAUUUCUUCCUCUACCUCUUCACACUGACUGUGAUGGCUGCGACCAUUGCAAUCAUCACUACAGCAUUUCUCAUCCAAGUGGUGCUGCUGUCAAACAUGAUGCACGGGAGUUACAUUGAUGACCAAGGACAGCAGCACGCUGUUGAGAUUUUCUUUCUCAUCCAGCACCUUUUCUUGACUUUUCCUAGGAUUGUCUUCAUGCUUGGUUUUGUUAUUCUUCUCACACUUAUACUGGGUGCAUACUUCUGUUUCAACCUAUACUUGGCCUUAACCAACCAAACUUUCAAUGAAUGGUACAAAUUCAGAAGAUACAGGCAUUCCCAUCAUCGAACACUGCAGCCUUGUGACAGAAAAGUUGUCUACAAAAACACUUAUACUAAAGGAGUCUGGAUGAAUUUAAAGGAAAUCUUUAAGUCUCAUGCAGUGCUGGAAAGAAAGAAGAAAAAAUGAAGAUAAAACUCUUUAUUGCAUUGUUAUUUUUUUUACUUUUUGUAAAACGUGCUUUGAUACCAUGGGGAACUUUGUUCAGAUAAGAAAAAAAAAAACAAUUUCAAUUAGUUGGAAACUUCUCAUGUGAUCAGUCUUCCAGAAGGAAAAAGCUGAAGCUCCUGCAAGUUUGUCUGCAACACUGCUCAGAUCAGCUGUGAAAGCAACGUGUUUGUCUUCUCAGACACAUCUGCAGUCCAGAAGCUUGCUGUACUCGAGUUAGGUUCAGCUAAGGUACAUCAUGUACACAGAAAAUGACUUUAUAUAUAUGGUUACUGUUUGUAUGCUGCAAAAUAUAUCCCAUGGUAUAAUUGGCAAAUGGAGCUCCUGAGUUACUUUAGUGUAUCUUAUGUACAUCUUCCUGCAGGAGACCUUGGAGGAACUUAGCAGUGCCAUGCAUGUGGAAGAGGUAAAUGAAUGCACUGAUUUGUCUGUUACUUACACUGUGUUUGCCCUGCAGAGAGAUCACAGCUGACAGCAAUAUUCUAAUUAACAGUACCUCAGCAGAACUCUAUUUAAGUUACUCAGUGUGAAGCUGUUAGAAGUCCUGGUAACAAACUUGCUGACAGGAGGUGCAAGUGUGGACCAACAGACUGCAGUGAAUCUCUCCAUGCAGGAACAAGGGGAGAGCUAACGAAGAGCUGUUGUGAGCUCUGAGGAAGCUUCAUCUUUUUAAAACACCUCAGGGCUGUACCACCCUGUUAAGCCAUUUACCUAUGGAAGCCCUCCUGCUCUGAACAACUGUAACGGCAAACCUAGGACAGAUCAAACUCCCCAGCCUGGAGGCACACAGUAAGUGUAAGGUCUGUCAGUAGCUGCAUGCUGUUCAUUACACAAUCACAGUCUGGACUUCCACCUCCCCUUCCUGGGAGGCAAUAACAAACUCUCCUGUAUGUUCCAUUAUUUCAAUGUCCUCUGAUGCCACCAUUGUCACUGUUGCUUCUUCUGUCUCGAUGCUGCCUUCUGUUGUCAGCACUGCUCCUUCUCCAAUGGCAGAAGCCAGUGUCAUAGCGACCUGCUCUGUGAGGCUUUCGGGGGUCGCAAUGGUGAUGGUGUCUGCAGCAUCUGUGGUUACUUCAGAGUUUUCUGCUACGGUGACGUUCUGUACGAUGAUCUGGUGACCAGAGUUUGCUUGAUUUACUAUUUGUUGCACAACCUUCAUAAUGUGACUGUCAACCUACAUUAUGAGAAAAGUGGCCGUGUUAUUUCCUGAUGUGUUGCACUGUUAGAAGUACAGUCGUCAUCUAGCUGAAAACCAUGUCUGAUGAUCAGCAGUGCAGUACAGCAAGCAGCAUUUAGUUCCCAUUUCCUCCAGCUGCUCCCUGAAGCUCUCAUGAACCCAAGAAAAGCAGAGUCUUAUAACACGUGUCUUGUGCUACUGAAGGUGUUUUGCCAACAGGGUACUUCCUGGACUUAAAGUACUGUUUGUGGCAAAAUCUUAACAGUGCACACUUAGUUGUUCAAGACAGGCUGGCUACAAGUGAGGAGUCUCUCAUUUUGCAACAGCCCCUAUUUCUAGCCUUCAGGAAUUCAUAAAGAGGAUAAUUUCUCAAGGCUGAAGUGGCAUUGUACAAUUCUACUUAGCAGCUUCAGUCUCCUGUACUAAGAACUACAGGUUACUAGCCUCCAUCACUGAGGGGAUCUGGGGUUAGACUGAGCUUUGUUCAAACUUGGUAUGGUCACUGUUAUUAUUUUAUACAGACAAGUCUGCAGAACUGCUUAUUUAGCAUGACUUCCAGACACUCAGAGGAGCUCAUAACACUCAGAGGGGAGUCACAGAAAGAACAGUUUAAGUAGCUGCUUUACCUCAUGUCUUGUUCCCUCCAUUAUUUCAGUAGCUUCACUGGUCUCCAUAUCUUCAGUAGCAGUCUUGAAAGACAAAAUAGCAUGAUUCCUUUUUUAGAUUAUUAGGUUGUUGCUGUUGUUGUUGUUUUUUUUAAUUCUAUUUCCAAGAUAAAAAAUAUCAAGACCUUUUAUAAAAUCAUCCUGUUUCCCCCCACAAUGCAGUAACUACUCUAGAGACAACUCCUUAAAUUUUUCUCCAAAUCCCAUUAUAAAUGGCUACUUCACAGUAAUGCAGAGUGCUCAGAAAUAACUGAAAGAGGACAUCCUCUCUCAGCAGGAUUCUGCCAACUGGCAGAUUUUUCUCCAAUUAGUAGCAGCCCCAAUGUUUACUAUGGCAGCACUAAACAGACUCAAUGAAUGGACUUAUUCUGCAUAGAUAAGAGCUGGCUCCCUGUCACAAAGAAGGAGAAAGCGAAGUGCAUCAAUUGUUGUUUUUUGAUGGUCACAAAAACUGUUUCAGACAAAAUAAGCUAACUAGAAAUGGGAGAAUAAACUGAAGUUGAAGGAAAGCUGAAGCAAGUGUGAGAGGUCAGAAGAUCUUCUAUAGUCAGAAGUUCUUAGUUCCAGCCUUCCCCACAUCCUCAUUUUCCUGCCUCAGUUAUGUGCAGGACAACAAGGCUGCUUGCUCGCUUCUUACCUCAAUGAUGUAUUCCUGAGUGUCUGCCACCACUGAAGAAAACUCUACCAAAACAGUAUGAGGAUCUUCAGAGAUGACUGUUGCAGCUAAAUUGUCAGCUGACUGGCUUUCCUCAGACACCAUCACUUCCUCCACCUCUUUCAAAGCCAGAAGGCAGCCACCUGAGUGGAAUUCCAAAAAUGCCGUAAAAAGACAAUUUACAUAACCAACACAAAUAUGGGGAUACCUGGCAAAUGCUAUGCAACACUAAUGAGACCCCUUUAACAGGAUACCACUAACAAAUAGCCAGCAAUCAGCAGCCUUUAAUCCCACCAAGCCAAUUAAUGAUCUAGAAGAGGUCCAUGCUUCAUUACUGAUUAAUGUAGAUUGGGAAAAAACAAAAAAACAAGUCUGCAUCCCCUCUUGUGAUGCAACAGAGAUGCAGAUAAAUAAAUGGCCUUUGAUGAAGAUCAUUAGAACCACUCUAAAUGUUUUGCACCCAGAAAAAUCAUCAUCAUUCUGCCAAGAAUCAGCUCGUCCAAACCUGAUCCCAGAAGAAACGUGCAUCUGCCCUCACUGCAACAGAGAUAAACCUGGCCAUCUCACCUUUGGUCUUUAAGUGCCUGUUGAGCGUGCCGUGCUCUGCGAAGCCUCGCCCACACUUGUAACACUUGAAAGGCUUUUCCCCCGUGUGAUGGCGGAUGUGGCGGACCAGGGAGCCCUUUUCCCUAAAGCCCCGGCUGCAGUACUGGCACACGUAAGGCUUGUCCUCCAGAUGCGUACGGAAGUGGACUUGCUGAGCGUUCUGUAGAGAGAGAAGCACCAGUUAAAGGGAAUGCCUAAAUCAAGCAAGCAGUGUUUUAGCUUUCAGUGUGAAAGUCAGCGUGUUUGAGGACUUCUCACCUAAGGCACGACAAAGAUGUUUGUAUUAUUUGUUUUCAUACGUGAAGGAACAGUUUCCUCAGAACUAGGAAUUAAGACUGCCUUUCUUGUCCCUACUGAUACAAAAGUGUCUUCUGCUCUUGUAAGAGGAGAGGAGCUGGCAUUUGUUUGUUCAGCAGUGAAGCCUCCUAGCUUAUCCCAAACCCAAGCUCUGGGAAGGAAACUCUCAGGGCGAGCCUGACACAAGGCAGACACACCUUGGUUUUGUACCGCUUGCCACACUUUGGACAGGAAUACGGUCGCUCAUCAGAAUGCACCCUUCGAUGCCCCUUGACGUGUGCAAUAGUCUUGUAGAGCUUGCCACACUCUCCGCAGCGGAAACGCCGUUCAUUGACGUGCACCUCCUGGUGCUUUUUUAACAGGUAGCCCUUAGUGAACUCUUUGCCGCAUUCUUCGCACUUAAAAGGCUUGUAAUCUAGAGAGAGAAAAGCAUUUCUGUCAUUAAUGCUUAAAUUGGCCUUUUCACAAAACUCUACUUCUGCAGAUGCCAGGCAGGUCCGGAAGCAUGGAGCCUUUUUGUUAAGCUCUAGAACAAAGUGUAAAAGAAUAACACAAACCAUUGCUGUGAUCUUUUCGUGUUUUGUGUUAAGCACCAACAGAAUUUGUAUGGCUGAGGUUUGUCUAAAAGCAAAGAAUGUGAAACAGUGAAAACUACAUUGUGUUCAAGAUCACAAGAUCUUGAGAGAGUAAGAGAGGUAAGAGAGGAUGCAUUUUAGACCAUAGCUGGGCGUUACAGCCUUACCUAAAUGUCCUUUGAUAUGCGUUUCAAGGGAAGCAGCUUCACUGAAAGCUUCAGUACAGUGAGGACAAAUGUAACUUCUGUAGCCAUUUGUUCUUUCUGCAUCUGUCUAUUGGAAAGAAAAUGGCACGGUAUAUAUCUUUUUUACUGCUCUGUAAUUAUUUGUAACUAAAUUCCCAAUUAAAUAUUCCAGCUUUCACCCCCAUCCCUCCCAAAAAAGAUUGAUAUUGAUAACAGGAGCUUGCACUAACAUGCAUGAAAAGCAUGCAACAAAAGUUGGCACAAAGACAAAGGGACAGGGAGAGGUGCAUGGAAGAUAAUGUGCAGGGUGGUCAGGAUUACACUACUGUUCACAACCAAGUGCAGGCUCAGAAGAUUAAGAAAUUAAUCUACAAAGUGCAAACAUACAGGCUCUGAUGGUUCUACUUCAGCAUGCUGUUCCCCACAUGGCUCCUCUUCCGCUUCCACCACUUCAUUUUUUAUUUCUUCUGUAGCAGCCACAGCAGGCUCAUCUGCCUUCUGCAUUUCUUCCACAGCAACUCUCUCUAUCACAAUGCCAGAAUUCCUCAUGGCCUGCCUUAGCAGAUUCUCACUGUUUGUUUCCCCCUCACAUGGCAGCUCCUUAGGAUGUGACUGCUAGAGGAAUAAAUAGUCCAAAACUUGGUACAACAAAUGCACAGGCUGCUUUUGACAUAUUUGGAUGAAAAAUCAAAAAGAGAAUGAUCUUCAACUGGGAAGAUGAGACCAGUCUGUACUCUUAAAACAUUCAAGGAAAAGCUUUUGCUUCUGUCAGCGUCCUGCAGUAGUGCAUGAUCAAUGUAAACAGCUUCUCACAUUUUGCAUCAUCCAGUAAGGGACCCUAUGCAUCUCAGUGUAUGCUCCACACUCAAACAAGGUCAAAGCACAGUUUGCCUUCUUUGCUUUCAGAUGAGAGAGGAGCUAAUUAUCCAUUUAUUUUUCGCUGCACAGAUUUACACUUAGCACCUAAGAAAAUUUCAUGAGGUAAAACCCUUCAAACUACUUCUUGCAUAAAAUACAGGAUAUUCAAGAGAAAUAACACUCACAUCUUCAUCCAGAGAUUUUGCAUCUACAACAGGAAGCUCCUGCAUUUGGACAUGGACUUCAUGAAGAACGUUGCCUUUUGCAUCUGUCACUAGAUGAAUCACAGGUGACGUCUCAAUGGAUUCACUCGCUAUUGAUGGAACAGUUUCUGAGUUUGAACUACAGGAUCCUUCAAGAAAAGUAGAAUGCAUCACCUGAUGUAAUGCCCACCCCUCAUCCGUUUACUGCACCCCACAAUAAAUGUGUUUUAGAAUACAAA